AUGCAGGAGGGUCUGGGUCGGGCUGCCCAUGCACCUUGUCAGCCAGCAGCAAAAAUUGCAGGGAGGUGGAGCAACAGGCCCCACCUCCCCAACUCCAGGCUCCAUGGGUCCCAUUGGACUCACUCAUCAACAUCGUCAUCCAGUCCAUUUCAUGAGCCUCCUUCAGCGUCUUGUAGGUUGCCACGGCGUGAUAAGCCUGAGAGGGUCCCGCAUGAGGAUGCUGUCACGCCGCCGACACGGCCUCUGGACUCUCUGCGCUGCCUUCCCCACUCCCACUCGUCGCACCAUCAUAAGUCGCGUCAUCGCCACAUCGUUGCCGAGCUGGAUGGUGCCGAUGUACUGCCGGUAUGCCUGCUCCAGGCGGGCGUUUGUGAAGUGCUGCGAGACCGGAAGCUGCAAGUUUUCCAUCUUCCGCUCGUCAACAAGCCUGCUCGACACAUCCCCCAUCCACCGGGUCAUGGGCCUUGUCGCGGCGCCAGUGCGACUGCGGAGAAGCACAGCGCUUAUAGCAGACGGACCCAAGAAAUAUGUACAUACACAGCGCGGGCUGAUGUUCAAUGCUCAGUCCUACCCAUCGGGCAAAUUUCCGGGAAAUGGUUGAUAUAA